AUGAAGUUCUCCCUGGCAGUCGUUGCAUCUUGCAUUGCGGUGGCGUCAGCAGCCGCUGUGUCCACAACGGAGGCAACGAUGAGAUUGAUAAUGAAGGAUCUAUCUACGAUUGGAGGACAAUUCACCAAGAUUGCCUCUGAUGUUAGCAAGUUCCCUCAAACCGGUGCUAAAGGCGCAAGUGAUAUUCACGCCGACGAGGCUGCAAUCCACACGCUUUUCAUUGACGUGAACAACAAUUUGGGUCUUCUUCCGACACCCGUGUCGGCAGAGAAUAUCAAAAAAGUUAUUGACACGUACAAUAGUUUCACACCCAAUAUCCUUGAUUAUCUCAACGGAAUCACGGCCAAGGCAUCCGACUUCAAAGCUCUGGGCCCAGCGGAAACGACCACCAUGUCCACUGAUUUACUUUCCUCUGCUGCAGUAUGCAGAGCAUUUGCCGGAACUGUCUUGUCAAUGACUCCUCCUGUUAUGACAGACGCUGUGAAUACCAUGUUCAAUGAGGUCGAUGCAGCCAGGGAGAGCGCAUCCGCAGCUCUUAGCGCAUGA